AUGUUGGAUGCCUACUACCCAUACAUAGGUAUUUCUUACCCUUUUUCUUUUUGAUAAUCUUGCUAAACCGGUCACUAAUAAAACCAUAAAUGUUUUUUCAUUAUUCGUUCGUACAACAAAUAAUUCUGUCUGAGGCUCGGCUUUUUAUGUACCUUCUUUCAAGUCAUGGAAAUCUAUAAUCGGUGUAGCCUGUGUAGCCAAUUGCCGCACACUGCCUUUUCUCUCGUAUUACCUCUUUUAUAUAUUGCCGUGGUGUCGAAAGAGGCUGGCUCAUGAUGGAUCGAAUGAUUUAUGACAGUGGUACUUUUUCAUACUAUUUCUUUUGAAAAAAUACGUCUUUUAAUGAGUUUUGAAGUUUACCGUCGCAUUUAUAAAGGUCUAGUCAGUACUAUAAUUUUGGAUAUGCUUUUAAAUCAAGAAGUGAUCUUUUCAGGGAAAGCUGCGAAGGCUUUGGCGCUGACCAAAGCGGGCGCCGCGGCGUCGGAAAAGACGUCGCGGCUGGCCAAGUCGACGGUCGUCGCCGUUCUCGGCUGGGGUGGAGCUACAGACAAACAGCUUUCUAGAUACUCCAAAAUCUACCAGGAACGAGGGUUUCUUUCACUCAAUGAAACUCAAAAUCGAAGUAGGAAACUUAUACUGAACCGGUCUUCAUUUCAGUUCGCUAAAAUCUAUACUCAAAAAAGAGUUAAAAAAUAAAUCUUCAUCUUUCUUCUCAGGUUCACGACAGUGCAGUUUACUGCCUUGAUGCAAAGCCAAGGCAGCGGGUUGAAGGUUAAUGUCGAUUUCUUCUUAAUUUCCAAUCAGCUUUUUUUGCAGAACCUACGGGAAACUUCCAGUUUAGCGGAAGCAUUAGAAAAGCAGCUGGCUGACGGCAAAAGAUUGGCUUUGCAUUUGAUGAGUAUGAAUUCGAUCUGUGCGUUUGUCGCGCUUGUUCAAAAAUAUCCACACCUCAGGAUCUUGGACCGGUCUGACGGCAUUUUCUUCGACAGGUUUUCUUUGAUUUUGUAAAGUGAUAAAUGCUCCGGAAGGUUAGGUCAAAAACUUCAAGACGAGCUUUUGUAUUAAAGAGAAUCACCUGCAAAAAAAAAAUACAAGUAACCUGUCCUAUUUAAGCUGUCCUAUCGAUUUCAACUCUCCGGCUAACAUUUGGGCGUUCAAAAACGUCAUUGACCAUGUUAAUAUAUCGUUCUUGCAAACAUGUACAAGACCACAAUUCGCGCUCUACUUUCUCUGGCGAAUCUUCACCAUGGUCGCUUUCAUUAAGGAUAUUUACCUGGUUUUUUUAUUAUUUCAUUUUGGCAAACGAUGCUGUCCUUUCAGCAACAAGCAAAGAACAUGCUGGGAUUUCCUGGCGGCUCCUAUCACUUUCUCCUCACCUCCAACUUGCCUAAGGUGAUGGCCGUCGUUUACUCAGACGCCGAUGAAACCUGUCCUCCCCAGUCAGUUUUUUGACUUUUCCUUUUAAGUUUUUUUUUUUCAUUCGAGAAAAAAACCCGAUAACUUCGUUGUCUUUGUGAAACUUUUCUACUUUUUUUGAUGAUGAAAGUAAUUAUUAUUAGGAACGUGUCUUUCUGAGAAGCUGUACUGCAGUAAGUCGAAUAUCGAAAAAAUCUUCUAGUGCUGAUUUAAAGGCAUUAUAGGGAUCGCUAGUCUAAUUUUUUCGCAUCAGCAAAAUAGAAAUGUUGCAAGAUUCAAUAACUGUUCCGCAGAGUUUUCUAUUAUGCAAGGAUUAAAAGAUGUUUGUCUUUUAGAGCACGUAAUAACAUCACCUUAUGGAAAAAGGCUGAAUAAAAUGGAGUAAAUUUCUCAUUUCGUUAUUUUUUUUUUAUGAAAGUAACGUUUUUAUUCAAGUAAAACUACCUCUCUUGUAAGUUUUGAACGUUUAGGAAACUAGACUCGAUUGUUUUGAAGCUUUUUCUCGAGGCAUGAUGUAGUCUUUUAAGGACUAUUGAGCGUUUCCACAAAGCGAUGGCGGCACGUCCCGGGGCUCAGGUCGAGGCGCGACGCUUCUCCGACACUCAGCACGUACAGCACCUGCGGGGACAGCCGCAGGAGUACCUCGGUCUUGUCGACCGCUUCAUCACUCGCAUCGAGCAACAGCGACUUCCCGCUUCCAAAAUAUGA